AUUUAACAAUGUUUGCUACGGGGACCCAAAAUUAGUUGUGAAGACACCAAUUCACCAUCUAAAAAACUGGGUAAAAAAAAUUCAAGCAUGACACUACACUGCCUUUUCCCACUCUUUCUUUCGGUUGGUUUUUUUUAUUUAUUUUUUUAAUCAUUGCUGUUACGACUUUUUUUUUUUUUUUUUUCUCACCCUUUUUUUACAUUGACUACACUCCACUAUAUUUUUCCCCCAAAAAAACUGGAAAAUUUUCUCAUAAAAUCUACUAUUUUCUCUGCUCUUUCAUUCUGAGAAGGCAAUUUUCUCAAAAAAUCAGCUCAUUUUUGAAGAAUUUGUAAACAAAUCCAGCAUUUGGGUAUUGGGCUGAUGGUGGUUAGAGAGUUUGGUCUCUAGAUACAAUGUCUCGUUUUGCUAAAGAUGUAGAUGUUGCUUUUCAGGGUGCUGGAACAAAAAUCGGUCUAGAAGUUUGGUGUGUUGAGAAUCUCAACCUGGUUCCGGUACCGAAGUCAUCUCAUGGCAAUUUUUUUUCAGGGAGUGCAUAUUUGAUUUUAAAUACAAUUGUGCUGAAAGAUGGAAUACUUGAACAUGAUGUACAUUACUGGCUUGGAAAGGAUGCAAAUGAGGUGGAUUCACUGAUGGUCUCAGAUAAAGCGCUUGAAUUAGAUCUGGCCUUAGGAUCUUGCACUGUGCAAUACCAGGAAAAACAAGGUCAAGAGUCAGCAAAAUUUUUGUCAUACUUUAAACCUUGUAUUAUUCCUUGCGAAGGAGUAUAUACGUCAGGACCAGAGAGGUCAGAUAGAGGCACAUACCAUAUGACCUUGUUAGCAUGCAAGGGUGAGCGUGCCAUUUCUGUCAAGGAGGUGCCAUUUUCACGGUCAUCUUUUAAUCAUGAAGAUGUCUUUAUUCUUGACACAGAAUCAAAAAUAUAUCUCUUUAGUGGUCACAAUUCUAGCAUACAAGAAAGAGCUAAGGCUUUGGAGGUCAUCAAGUAUAUCAAGGAAGAAAAGCAUGGUGGGAAAUGUCAGGUGGCUACAAUAGAGGAUGGAAAGUUUGUCGGUGAUUCAGAUGCAGGGGAGUUUUGGAGUUUUUUUGGGGGUUAUGCUCCUAUUUCUCGUGAUUCGUCCUCAUUUUUCAAGAAGCAACAUGAUGCUCCUUUUGUGAAGUUAUUUUGGAUAAAUAUCCAGGGUAAACUAUGUGAAACUUCCAGUGGUUUUCUUACAAGGGAAGUGCUAGAUAGAGAAAAGUGCUACAUGUUGGACUGUGAUGCAGAGGUAUUUGUUUGGAUGGGAAGUUGUACUUCAAUUACAGAGCGUAAGACAUUGAUAACUGCAGUGGAAGAUUUCCUCAGAUCCCAAGGCAGGUCAACUAGGAGCCUUGUAAUUGUCUUGACAGAAGGUGCAGAAACUCCCAAAUUUAAAUCAUACUUUGUAAGCUGGCCUCAAACAGAUAACCUCAAACUUUAUGAAGAAGGAAAAGAGAAGGUAGCAGCAAUAUUCAAGCAACAAGGUUAUAAUGUAAAGGAGCUUCCAGAAGAGUUCUGCCAACCACUGAUAAAUUGCAGGGGAAAGCUUGAAGUUUGGGUGGUAAAUGGUGAACAUCUUUCUAUAGUGCCUUCUGAAGCACAUAUAAAGCUUUUCACUGGGGACUGUUAUAUCAUAAAGUACACAUAUCCAAGUAGUCAAAGGGAUGAAAGCAUAUUGUAUGCUUGGCUUGGCUUUGCAAGCGUCAAGGAAGAUAGAGUCGAUGCUAUCUCCCAUAUGAUUGAUAUGGCUGAUUCCACUAAAGGAACUCCUGUUUUGGUGCAAAUUUUUGAGGGAAAGGAGCCAGAUCAGUUUUUCUGGGUCACCCAAAGACUGAUAGUUUUUAAGGGAGGUACGUCCACCAGGUACAGAAAUUCAAUUGCUGAGAAAGGCAUUGAAGACUGCACUUUUAAUGCCGGAAGCACGGCACUUUUCCGUCUUCAGGGAUCUAGUCCGGAGAAUAUGCAAGCCAUUCAAGUUAACAUGGUUGCAGGUUCCUUGAAUUCUUCAUAUUGCUAUAUCGUGCGAACUGAAGAAGCUGUUUUCUCCUGGAUUGGAAGUUUAACUUCAAGCAGAGACCAUGACCUACUUGACAGGAUGUUGGAACUGCUUAACCCAGAUUGGCAACCUAAAUCCUUGAGAGAAGGGGGUGAGCCUGAUGAAUUCUGGAUGGCUCUUGGUGGAAAAUCAGAGUAUCCUAGGGAGAAGGAAAUCAGAAAGCAUAAAGAAGAUCCACAUUUGUUUGUUUGCAAUUGUUCUGAAGAUGAUUUCAAGGUAAAAGAGAUAUUCAGCUUUACGCAGGAUGAUUUAACUACCGAGGAUAUCUUCAUUUUAGACUGUUACAUUGAAAUAUAUGUUUGGAUAGGGUCCCAGUCAAUUGUCAAAUCAAAGCUACAAGCAAUACAAUGUGGCAUGAAUUACCUGGAGAGGGACAUUUUAGCUCAAGGAUUAUUGCUGGAGACACCAUUGUACAUUGUUACAGAGAGACAUGAACCAGAAUUCUUUACUUGCUUUUUUGAUUGGGAUGUUUCAAAAUCACAUAUGGAUGGAAAUUCAUUUGAGAGAAAACUCGCAUUACUAAGAGGAGAAAAGAAAUUGGAGACACCUCCGAGGAGCUCAUGUAGGGCACAUUCCUCUGAAUAUUCCCGAAGUGGUUCAAGAAGCAAGUCUGUAAGUUGUAAUGGAGUGCCAAGAAGUGCAUCUCCAUCGAGUUUUUCAAAAUCGCAUUUAAUAUCUUCAAAUGGUGGGGCAUUUUCCAGCCCAGAUGUUAUUGCUAAGAAACUUUUUUCAGAACAAUCUGCGAACCACAGCAGUACUGUUGAUUUCCAUAAACUGGACUCGGGUAAUUCUGCUGAGACUGUCAGUUCUUCACUGGUUGCUGAAAAUGACGAUGAUGAUGAUUCUAACCUGCUAAUAUAUCCUUAUGAGCGCUUAAUGCUGACUUCUGAUGAGCCAGUUUCUGACAUAGAUGUGACCAAGCGUGAGGCAUACUUGUCCAAGGCAGAGUUCCAGGAAAAGUUUGGCAUGACAAAGCGAGCCUUCUACACGCUACCUAAAUGGAGGCAGAAUAAUCUAAAGGUCUCUCUCAAUCUUUUCUGAUGCAAGUAUGCAGCUAUUCUGAUCAUUGAAGCCUUGGAUAUGCAAUUUAAGUCAUCCGUUGGUGUAAGAAAUGAACUCAGUUGUUUUCUUCAUUCCAAAUGUUGACAGGAGAUAUUCUUGUGAUACUUCUUUAGUCUUCAGGGAUGUCUUGUAUUAGACGGUCUCUGAACGAUUAAUUAUAAAUUUAUAAGACUGGUGUGAUUAAUUCUAAUAUAGGAUUGUUAUCACCUGAUUUCAGAGGUAAUUUCUUCUGUAUAAAGUGCCUAAUUGGCUAUUACUUCAAUAAAAGAAGUUAUAGCUUGUUCUUGUCA